UGAAAUGAAAGGAUCUGAAAUUUAUUUGUGUGUAUUUGUUUGCUAGGAAAUGCUUUAUUUACGUUAAAAGAUUGUUUUUUAAAAUUAAAUUCUCGUGUGAUGCUGUUAGCGUCUUAAAAUACAGAAAUGGAACCGGAUGAAAAAUGGUAUUUCACCAAAGAGCAACUGGCCAAUACUCCUAGUCGAAAGUGUGGCUAUGAUGCAGAUAGGGAACUCUCAUGUAGGCAACAAGCUGCCAAUUUCAUUCAAGACAUGGGUCAACGAUUGCAAGUUACCCAGCUAUGUAUCAACACCGCAAUUGUUUACAUGCAUCGGUUUUACGUAUUCCACUCCUUCACGCAGUUCCACCGCAAUGCUAUGGCAGCAGCGGCUCUGUUCUUGGCAGCUAAGGUGGAGGAACAGCCUCGUAAACUGGAACAUGUUAUCAAGGUUGCUCAAAUGUGUUUGCACCGGGAACUCCCUACCCUGGAUACUAAGUCAGAGCAUUAUAUGGAACAAGCUCAAGAUCUAGUGAUGAAUGAGAAUGUACUUCUUCAAACUCUGGGGUUCGAUGUGGCUAUCGACCAUCCUCACACCCACGUGGUACGCUGUUGCCAUCUGGUUAAAGCUAGUAAAGAUCUUGCUCAAACGUCGUACUUCAUGGCUUCUAAUAGCUUACAUUUGACAACAAUGUGCCUCCAGUACAAACCAACGGUUGUUGCUUGUUUCUGUAUUCAUCUUGCCUGCAAAUGGUCCAACUGGGAGAUCCCAUUGAGUAAUGAGAGCAAAAGUUGGUUUUGGUAUGUGGAUCGUAGUGUCACUCAAGAACUCCUAGAGCAAUUGACGGACGAAUUUCUUCGUAUAUUUGACAAGUGUCCUUCUCGGCUGAAACGGAAAAUCUCUGCCAACCAGAAUAUGACUGGAUACCAUAUGGGCGUGAAUGAACUGAACCAAAAGAGACCGGUGCCGCUGCCAGGAAGUGCCGGGGACAGUCAGCAUGGUGUCAGCUUCCAGCAGCCAAACAGAGGACCACGCACAAAUGAAGAACAGAGGAAGAAGAGUGAGUCCAAUGUAAUGUUACAAGCAAUGGGAAGCCACAAUCCCCGACCUCCUCCCCCUCAGUCCCAUGCUGCUCCAAGGGAAGGAGGUGGUUAUGGGUUAUAUCACGGAAUGCCAAGUUCCAGUCAGAUGAGCAGCAGUCACCAGGCUAACAACUCACAAUUUCUUUACCCACCACCGAGCACAUCAUUUACAGGAUCGGCUCCGGGACAAAGUGCUAACGGACCCAACAGUCGCUUGCCCAGCCCUUCAGUGCCUAAACAUGUUGCCCGGGGCACAGAGGCCAUAUUCCAUCCCCCCAAACGCAGCGGUGGGGGCAGCAAUGCUAGUAGUAGUAGCACCAGUCACUCUUCCACUACUCCUUCACUGUCAAGCUUCAAUAGACCUAUCAAAACUGAGAUGCAACCUCCGGCUCCACAACCUGUUAAGAACACUCAUCAUGUGCCUCGUAAUGGUACAAGCCAUUCAUCUGAGACCAUGACUCAACAGCCAAUUAAGAGUGAGAAUUACCAAAUGAAACAUGCGAUGGAUAAACAUAGCUCCAGCCAUCAGAAAAGUCAUGCGAAAAUGUACGAUAACCGUCAAGUGGGAGCGAGCUGGAGUAGCAAUACAGAUGUUUCUAGAACUGGUCUAUCAGGUUCUGUUGAUCUCAACCCAUUGAAACACAUUAAAACAGAAAUUAAAACAGAAAUCUUACCUCCUGUGUCUAGUUACCAUAUACAAAUGCCAGCCCCAAUCUCAAUAAAACAAUCUAUGUCUCCUCCACCACCACCUCCCCCUCUACCCCCUCCACCCCCUCCACCACCACCUCCUCCAUGCAAUCCUUUGCCUAUCUCAAAACCUUCGUCCAUCUUCAGCCCCGACAAAAUGACCCCACCUAUGCCAAAUUCUCCAAAAGAUAUAAAACCAAUUGUUUUGAGUCCUUUGUUGUUAUCACCCAUUUCCACAAACAAAUCGGGACGUAAUCGUACCAGUAGCUCUAGUUCCGAACCUGAACUUAUACCAGUAAUGCCUAAACUCGAAGAAAUGUCAGGAUUUGAGAGUUUGGCUAAGGGUAAAACGGCAAUCAAACUUCCUGGAAAAGUACCUGAACCGGCCAUUAGUUCAAAGGACAAACGGAAAGAAGUUCCUUCAACCAGCAAUGUAACUCACACCAGAGAUGUUAAAACUCAAGAUGUUGCCUCGGUGCCUCAUCGUCCUCCUGAAGUGACAGAGAGUAAACCAGUCGGUGAAACUCAAUGGCCAGAAGUACCGGCUUCGUUCCCAGACACCACAGGGUCGGGCAAACGUGAACAUAAAAAGAAGAAAAAACAUAAAGAGCAUAAGGAACAUCGCGAGCAUAAAGAGCACAAAGAUAAGGAGAGAGAUAAGGAAAAAGAUAAGAAAAAAGACAAACACAAAGAUAAACACCGUGAAAAAGAAAAACAUAGACAGGAUCCCGCUCCCAUCAAAAUCACUAUUCCUAAAGAUAAAAUAAACAAAAUUAUUAUCCCUCCUCCGAAUCCUCCCACCUCCACAGCCGCACCACCCUCAGAUACAGGGUCGAUUUUCAAAAUUAAAAUACCCAAAGAUAAACUGAAACCCCACGUGGAACAGGGAAAAACACAAAGUAGCCUGAAAAUUAAAAUUAGUAAAGAUGCUAUAGCAUCUCAUUCUUCUUCUAAGAGCAGCUCGUCUUCUAGUGGGUCCUCAAAAAAGAGAGAAAGAAGUAGUCAUCGUGAUGAAGAAGGCAGACAUCCUAGCAAACAUGCAAAGAUCUCCAAAACCAAUGGAGAUUACAGAUCGGCCGAGUGACUCUUACUAUGUAUUUGGGCCAUAUAAGGAGCCGAGAGAUCCUUUCGGAUUUGUUAAGACUGUGUUACUUAGUUUAAGUUGAUUAGUAGUUUUUUAUGUAGUAAGAAACUUUUACGAUACCUCGUAAUGACAAUGAUUUAAUUUCUAGAAAUAAUUUUGUUGCGACUCGAAGCAAUGAGUGUUCUUCGAGGCAAAGCAUUUUCAACUUACCUAUUUUUUUCAAUGGUUUUACAUUGCUUUUAUUAAUAAUUGAAACUAAAUUGUUAAUAUUUAAGUUCUAAAUAUUAGCUCAGUUAGUUUCCUCUUUUUAGUGACUCUGCAACAAAUAAGUAUUUUUUUGUCAGUGCGCUGACUCAUUGCAAUAUUACUAAGUACAACCGUCCACUUUACCAAGAACCCUGACUAUAAAUACAAGAUAGUAUGCACAUUUAAUGUUAAUAUUGUAUAUUAAUACUGUGGUAAGAUAGGGGAAGUACUUGUGUAUAUAGUAUACAUACUAUAUAUAUGUGCAUAGCAAAAUUGUACAAAUAAAUUAUGUUUAGAUUCAAAUUUGUGUUUAGUUACUUUGUAAGAGAACAGUCUUACUUUAGAAGGGGAGAGUCCUUAGCAGUGUUUUUAUGUCAAUUAAAUUAGUUUUUUACUUGACGCUAUCCAGCUUUUACUUUUUAUUAACAGUAUCCUUGAUUUAAUUGUUGGAUCAACAAUUUGAAUGAUUUAUAGAGGUUGUGUGAGCUUAUCCCACACUCACAUGUUAGAUUGAAAUAUGUUAAGAAACUAUAUGUUGACAAUUCUUGUAAACAUUUCCUCAUGUAUUUGUAAUUAAUUGUUUUUGAAAGCAAAGAGUCUUACUUUGUAAGGGAAGAGCUCUAGUACUGUUUUUAUGUUAGUUAAAUUAAUUCUACUUGACGAUUUUCCAAAUGAUUUUCAGUGUAGUUGAUUUGAUUGUUAGGCCAACAAAAGCUAAUAUGAAGGUUAAUUUAUGGAGGUUUGUAAGAGAAAAUAUCGCAGUCACAUGUUAGACUGAAAUAAUCCUUAUUGUUAAACUACAAAUAUGUUGACCAGUCUUAUAAACGUUUCCUCAUGUAAUUUUUUACCUUAACAAUAGUUGUAAUAAAUCUGUUCUGUUCCAUAAUAAA